AUGAUGAAAGAUUUGGUGGAGGAUGAGAGUAUUUCCAAUUUAACUUCAACAUCUGGUGAAGUAAGUGCUUCUUCAGGUACCAGAAUUGAGACAGGGACAAUGUACCCACAGCACUCUUUUCCUUCAACAAAUCAAGCAGCACCGCCACCGAAGAAGAAGAGAAAUCUUCCAGGCAACGCAGACCCAGGUUCAGAAGUCAUAGCUUUAUCUCCCAUGACACUCUUGACUACAAAUAGAUUUAUAUGUGAGAUCUGUAACAAAGGGUUUCAGAGAGAUCAGAAUCUUGAGCUUCAUAGAAGAGGACAUAACUUGCCAUGGAAACUAAAGCAAAGAACAAACAAGGAGGUAAGAAAGAAGGUAUAUGUGUGUCCAGAGACUACAUGUGUGCACCAUGACCCGUCUAGGGCUCUUGGAGACCUCACUGCAAUCAAGAAGCACUUUUGCAGAAAGCAUGGUGAGAAGAAGUGGAAGUGUGAAAAGUGCUCAAAGCGUUACGCUGUUCAAUCAGACUGGAAAGCACACUCCAAAAUUUGUGGCACAACAGAGUAUAGAUGUGACUGCGGAACCCUUUUCUCCAGAAGGGACAGUUUCAUCACGCACAGAGCGUUUUGCGAUGCUUUAGCUAAGGAGAGUGCAAGGGCAACUACAGCUGCAAACCCAGUUCUUCUCUCCUCAGUUUCACAUAUGACCAAACUGCAAACCCUUCCCCAUAACCAUGCCCUCCAAGCCCGAUCAAUGAAAAGAGAACAAGAUCAUCUUUUUACUGCCAGAGUACCAGCAGCAGACAGCAUUCCACCAUGGUUAGCUUGCCCACCAGGAGUAGGAGCUGGGCCUGGUCCCCCCUCAAUAAACCUUUCAUCAUCACCAUUACAUUUAGACAACCCAGUGGCACAGAACGAAAACCCUAGCCAAAAUUCUGGUUGUAAUACACUUCCUCCAUUUCAGGCCCGCACAGCUUCUCUGCACAUGUCUGCAGCUGCAAUCCUGCAAAAAGCAGCUCAAAUGGAUGUGACUAUGAGCAAACCCUUACAAUCACCUGUAGGCAUGCAAAGACCUCAUCACCACCAGGCUCACAUGUCUGGAACCACUGGUUUCAUUGGUUCUACAUCUUUUCCCCUGUCUGGUUCUAGUCUGGGUUUGUCCGCACGUGAAGAACUUGGAAGUAGCUUUCCCUAUGGGUUGGCAUCUUUUGGGAAUAAAGCUGCUGUCACCUCUGGUUUCAUGGAACAGGUAAUUGCAACAAAUAGUACUGCAGGUGCUGGAGCCGGUGCAGCCCCUCCUGAUUCUCUACUCCAUGAUAUGAUGAGUUCUUUAUCUUCUACAAGUGGGUUUGACGGAUCUUCACCUUUUGAACAGUCGUUCACUGGGAUAUGGAACACAAAAGGAAACAGCAUUAAUUUUCAAGAAACUACUAAUCAUCUCUCAAAAACAAUAGAAUCCCAAUUAAGCAGAAGUGAUCAUGAAGGUAGAGGAAGUAGUAGUGGUAGUAGUAAAAUAGGAGGGAAUGAUGGGUUGACAAGAGAUUUCUUGGGUCUUAAAGCUUUACCUCAUAGCGAUUUCCCCAACUUAGCUGGGCUGAAUCAUUUAAACUCUUCUUCAGAAUAA